AUGCUGAUUGCUGAAGCGGGUGCUAUACCCCACCUUGUUGAUCUCCUCUAUGCACCUGAUGCUGGCACCCAAGAGCAUGUAGUUACUGCUCUCCUGAACUUGUCUAUCAAUGUGGAUAAUAAAGAGCGCAUCAUGGCUUCAGAGGCUGUGCCAGGCAUCCUUCAUGUGCUAGAAAAUGGUAGUAUGGAAGCUCAGGAAAAUGCAGCAGCCACCUUUUUCAGCCUCUCUGGGGUGGAUGAGAACAGAGUGGCAAUUGGUGCGUCUGGAGCAAUCCCAGCAUUAGUUACUCUAUUUUGUGAGGGAAGUCAAAGAGGGAAGGUGGAUGCCGCAAAAGCACUAUUCAAUCUGUGUUUAUCCCAAGGGAACAAAGGACAAGCAAUUAGGGCUGGUAUUGUCCCUAAGUUGAUAGAAAUGCUAACAGAACCUGAUGGGGAUAUGAGGGAUGAGGCAAUGACAAUAAUGGCUGUAGUGGCUAACCAUUCUGAUGGACAAGCAGCAAUUGGAUCUAUGAAUGUUGUAUCCACUUUGGUGGAAUUAGUCAGUAACAGAUCUCCUGGGAACAAAGAGAAUGCAACUUCAGUGUUGCUUCUCCUAUGUAAUGGAGACCCUUUUUAUUUGUCCAUUGUCAGUUCACUUGGGUUGGUCAAUCCUCUCUUGGACCUGGCAGGAAAUGGUUCAGAAGGGCCAAGCGGAAAGCUUCCCAGCUUCUAG